CUCCGUCUACAUCAUUUACAUGAAGAAAAAUGGCGGAGAGGAGCUGUGGAGGCUGCAUCGGUUGAGCUGCUGGCAGUUUAAACAACAACAGCGGGGCACACGGUCACCCUGGAUCGGGGCCGGAGUGUACGGAGGGCACUGCCGUACGAGCAGGGCGAGGAUAAUCUCUGAACCGGCGGACACAUUCGCUCAUUCUUUGUCCUGGAAACGAGAGAGCCGAGCGGAGAGCCACGAAAACAAGUCGGACAUGAACGGGGAGAUUGUAUGCAAUAGCCAAUCAGUCACUGUCUUAAGCUGCACAAACUCCAUAUCACCAGUUCACGAUGAAAUCAAGCUGACACAGCAGGGACGGUGCUCUCCAAUAUGCUUCCAGCAAAAUAAUGCUCAGAGGCAGGGAGAGGGCAGGAGAACAAACCCCAUCAGCACUACACCGAAACACUCCAAGACUAGUUUCCCGGAGAUGGAGAGCAGCUACAGCCAGUGUUCACCCUGCUGGUCAGAUGAUCAGCCAUCGCCUCCGCAGCUCCACUGCGCUCAGAACUGCCUUCGUUCCCCCACCGAACUCCCCCUGCGCGACAGCUUUUCUCACGCUCCCCUCCUCGCCGCCAACAACAACGGCAGCACUCUUCACAGCCACCAGAGGAGAGGCGUCCGCCUCAAACCCAAAGGAAAGAAAUCCACAAUAAGAAUUGCAGGCGGAAAAAACUCCCAAAACCGAAAAGUUACCGACUACUACCCAAUAAGAAGAAGCUCAAGAAAAAGUAAAACAGAGAUUGAGUGUGAAGAAAAGAAGCUCAUAGAUGAUCUCAUCACAAAGGGAAUAGAAGAAGGAAUGGAGGUGCAGCACAUAGAAGGAAAGGGGAGAGCAGUGUUCGCCACGCGGUGUUUCCAGAAAGGCGAGUACGUGGUGGAGUACCACGGAGACCUGCUGCAGAUCACCGACGCCAAAAAGAGGGAGGCUGAAUACGCUCUCAACCCUGCCACUGGCUGCUACAUGUACUACUUCCAGUACCUCUGCAAAACUUACUGUGUGGACGCAACAAAAGAGACUGGUCGAAUGGGUAGGUUGAUAAAUCACAGUAAAACCGGAAACUGCCAAACCAAACUCCACGACAUCAACGGGGUCCCUCACCUCAUCCUCGUCGCCUCUCGAGACAUCGACGAAGGCGAGGAGUUGCUCUAUGACUACGGAGACCGCAGCAAAGCCUCCAUCGCAGCUCACCCGUGGCUCAAAUAUUGAUCCUUCGAGAAUGAAUGAGAAAAAAAAAGAAA